CAGCCUGACCUGUCAGAGCUGGAGGCAGCCGUCCUUCUGGACGAAAUGUCCGAUGACCUCGACUGUGACCCGGCCAGGAAAUGCCAGUCCUGCUGCUGCAUCGUGGUCGUCACCAUCCUCGUCAUCUUCACACUCUCCCUCGCCAAGAUGUACAUCGGUCACGACGUGCACGACGUUCACGACGAGCAGAACGAGCUCACGGGCAUCAUCUUCCUCGUGAUGCUGCUGUUCUUCUUCUGCCUGCUGCUGUUCUUCGUGCGCUUCUCGGUGCUGCUGUUCAAGAAGCGCGUGCGGGACAGUGCUCCGCGCGUGCCGGCCAGCUGCGGCGAUAGCGGCGCGCGCCAGAGCGAGACCGAGCCGGCGCCCACCGCCGCGCCUCCGCCGUACCACGAGGCGCUGCUGCUGCCGGCGCCGCUGGCGGAGAGCCCGCCGCCGGCCUACGACAAGCUGUAGGGCCUGCCGCAGGUGUGGCGGCGUGUCGGCCGGAGCAGCGGUCUUCCGUCGGUCGGCGGUGGAGGCGGCGGUCACCGAGCGCCGGCGCGAGCGGCUUCUGUACGGUCAGCGAUGCCAGUGGUGCCGACGGGAAGCGGGGACAGCGCCGGGUGAUGUGGACUGUGGAGUUAGCCGUCCGUCCGGAGCAGGAAGCGGCAGGCACUGUGGGAGACGAGCCUUACUCCAGGCCGGAUUUGGGUCCAGGGCGGCGCUGGAGCCUUCCGACCAAGUCAACUGCGACACUCCUCGGUGGCUGGUGCGUGUCUGGUUAACAUCUGGUGCACGCGUCGCGUGUGGUGCGCACCCGCGCAAACUUGGCCUU